UGUCUGCGUAUCCCAGCUCUCUCCCACCAGACCCUGGGAAUCCAGCUUCACAAAACAAACACCAGAGCGCCCGCUAAUCGCCAGCUCAGAAACAAAACAGCACUGCGCUGGGGGAUCCAGGCGCAAAUCAGCCCUCCCUCUUCGCGCUCCUUCGCCACCGCCCGCCCCUCAGCUCCGCUGCUCGGCUCCGCUCAGAGCAGCGCAGCUCCGCAGCCGCCAAAGCGAGGCGGGCUCGGGCUCCCCACCGCCAGUGCCACCCGGGCUCCUCCAGCUUUCGCCUCUGCAGCUCCCGUCACUUGGAGUAAAAGUGUCCUGACAGGGGUCUGCAACAUCAGCAUAAAGUUGGGAGGCCCUCGAGAAUGAGGCUGUCUCCCGCGCCCCUGAGGCUUAGCCGGGGUCCGGCGCUGCUGGCCCUGGCGCUGCCCCUGGCCGCAGCGCUCGCUUUCUCGGAUGAGACCCUGGACAAAGUGGCCAAGUCGGAGGGCUACUGCAGCCGCAUCUUGCGCGCCCAGGGCACACGGCGUGAGGGAUACACAGAGUUCAGCCUCCGCGUGGAAGGCGACCCUGACUUCUAUAAGCCAGGAAGCAGCUACCGAGUGACACUCUCGGCUGCCCCUCCCUCCUACUUCAGAGGCUUCACGUUAAUUGCUCUCAAAGAGAACCGCGAAGGCGAUAAGGAAGAAGACCACGCGGGCACCUUCCAGAUCAUAGAUGAAGAAGAAACCCAGUUUAUGAGUAACUGUCCUGUGGCGGUCACUGAAAGCACCCCUCGGAGGAGGACACGGAUCCAGGUGUUUUGGAUAGCGCCACCCACAGGGACAGGCUGUGUGAUUCUGAAGGCCAGCAUCGUACAGAAACGCAUUAUUUAUUUUCAAGACGAGGGCUCCCUGACCAAGAAGCUGUGUGAACAGGAUCCCACACUUGAUGGAGUGACGGACAGACCGAUCUUAGACUGCUGCGCCUGCGGAACUGCCAAGUACAGACUCACAUUUUAUGGGAACUGGUCGGAGAAGACUCAUCCAAAGGAUUACCCUCGUCGGGCUAAUCACUGGUCUGCCAUCAUUGGCGGAUCCCACUCCAAGAACUACGUGCUGUGGGAGUACGGAGGGUAUGCCAGUGAAGGGGUCAAGCAAGUUGCUGAACUUGGCUCACCAGUAAAAAUGGAGGAAGAAAUUCGACAACAGAGUGAUGAAGUCCUCACUGUCAUCAAAGCCAAAGCCCAGUGGCCAGCCUGGCAGCCUGUCAAUGUGAGAGCAGCACCCUCAGCCGAAUUCUCUGUGGACAGGACACGCCACUUGAUGUCCUUCCUAACCAUGAUGGGCCCCAGUCCUGAUUGGAACGUGGGCCUAUCUGCAGAGGAUCUGUGCACCAAGGAGUGUGGCUGGGUCCAGAAAGUGGUGCAGGACCUAAUUCCCUGGGAUGCUGGCACUGACAGCGGGGUGACCUACGAGUCACCAAACAAGCCCACAAUUCCUCAGGAAAAAAUCCGACCCCUGACUAGUCUGGACCAUCCUCAGAGUCCUUUCUAUGACCCGGAAGGUGGGUCCAUCACACAAGUGGCCAGAGUCGUCAUCGAGAGAAUUGCCCGGAAGGGAGAACAAUGCAACAUUGUACCUGACAAUGUGGAUGAUAUUGUAGCCGACCUGGCUCCAGAAGAGAAAGAUGAAGAUGACACCCCUGAAACCUGCAUCUACUCCAACUGGUCCCCAUGGUCAGCCUGCAGCUCUUCCACUUGUGAAAAGGGUAAGAGGAUGCGGCAACGCAUGCUGAAGGCACAGCUGGACCUCAGUGUCCCCUGUCCUGACACCCAGGACUUCCAGCCCUGCAUGGGCCCCGGCUGCAGCGAUGAAGAUGGCUCCACCUGUACCAUGUCGGAGUGGAUCACCUGGUCGCCCUGCAGUGUCUCGUGUGGCAUGGGUAUGAGGUCCCGGGAGAGGUACGUGAAGCAGUUCCCGGAAGACGGCUCGGUGUGCAUGCUGCCCACGGAGGAGACAGAGAAGUGCACGGUCAACGAGGAGUGCUCUCCUAGCAGCUGCCUGGUGACUGAGUGGGGUGAGUGGGAUGACUGCAGCGCCACCUGUGGGAUGGGCAUGAAGAAGCGGCACCGCAUGGUCAAGAUGAGCCCCGCGGAUGGCUCCAUGUGCAAGGCGGAGACUUCGCAGGCGGAGAAAUGCAUGAUGCCUGAGUGCCAUACCAUCCCGUGCUUGCUGUCUCCCUGGUCCGAGUGGAGCGACUGUAGCGUGACCUGUGGGAAGGGCAUGCGGACGCGCCAGCGGAUGCUCAAGUCUCUGGCAGAGCUGGGGGACUGUAAUGAGGAUCUGGAGCAGGCGGAGAAGUGCAUGCUGCCAGAGUGUCCCAUUGACUGUGAACUCAGCGAGUGGUCCCAGUGGUCUGAAUGUAACAAGUCCUGUGGGAAAGGUCACAUGAUUCGAACCCGGACAAUCCAAAUGGAACCUCAGUUUGGAGGUGCACCCUGCCCAGAGACUGUGCAACGCAAGAAGUGCCGUGCCCGGAAAUGCCUUCGCAGCCCAUCGGUCCAGAAGCUGCGCUGGAGGGAGGCCCGAGAGAGCAGGAGGAGUGAGCAGCUGAGGGAAGAGUCAGAUGGAGAGCAGUUCCCAGGCUGUCGGAUGCGCCCGUGGACAGCCUGGUCAGAGUGCACCAAACUGUGCGGAGGUGGGAUCCAGGAACGCUACAUGACUGUGAAGAAGAGGUUCAAAAGCUCCCAGUUCACCAGCUGCAAAGACAAGAAGGAGAUCAGAGCGUGCAACGUGCACCCUUGUUAGUAGGGGUUCAACUCCCCAGGGCUGCUCCAGAUUCUAGUCACCAAUGGUUGGGUGGUGUAUUUGCUUGUUUAAGAUGAUUUAAAUUGUGUCCACUAGUUUUCAUUUUUACGGUGUGGUUUGCCCAAUAGUCUUAUGGAGGCCGAGGGACAUCUUGUCUGAAUACUUCUUGGUGAGUACAGGCCAAGCGGGGCAUCUUGUCCCCAGGCGGCCAUCUUCCUGCACUGAAUUGAGUAGUGUUGGUUUACCUUGUACUAAACUGAAGCGUAUCCCUCUGGAGCAUCCCCUGGUCAAGCAGGGCGGAGACUUUGGCCAUCCACAAGGAGAAGUAACCAGGAUGCAGCAUGUGGGAGACACAGCCAUUAAUUGCAAAGGACAGAUCCUCCUCUCUCACCUUUGGCCUGCUCACUCUUACAGAAACCUGUUUGUCCGCCUCUUUUUUUUAUUUAGCACAACUCCAGGCAUCUUGGUAAGUCUCCAGGGUCAUGGGUUCUUCGGUGCCCUGAAGGAGAAGCCCUGAGGUGGGGUGGCAUUUGUUACAAACCUCCCAAUACUGCUUUGCUGGCACCACAAGGUCAGCAGGUGAUGAUGGCUACUUCAUUUCAUUGUGAGCCGUGAUUUCCGUUGAGUUUUGACUGUUGGUGCCAUAAAUGUCCUAGGAUGCUGGACGGACACAUCAGCCUUGUCAGCAGAUCCUUCUUUGAGCCAAUGUAGACAGUAAGCUGGGCACUGGUUCCAAAGCCAACUUAAAAUCUUCCUACACAUAUCCAGACCUUUUAGGUUGCCCAACUUCCUUAGAAUAAAGCAUUUUAGCUUUGAGAACAAUUGAUAAGUCUGUCAGGAAGCCCCCAAGUCCAUUCUUCAACAAAAAUACUAUCUUCCCUACUUAAUUUUUUUUAAGUCAUGAUAUUUUAUAGUUAGAGGAGAGAGAGACAAUCUAUUCCCACGACUAAGACACAAACCUACAAGAAAGGGUUAUUCAGUCAAGCCUGUGCCUGAUUUCUGGACCAGGACCCUGAUUUUCAUGGAUAGUCCAAAGGAAGGCCAGGGGUUCCAUCAGCAGCACCCUAAACCCAGGAGUCAACAAAUAUUCAGAGAAAGAGGAUGUUUAUCUCAGCUAUGAGCUCAUCAGCAGGUUUGUACUCAUGCAUCUGUUAAAAGCACCACCACAUCCUUUUGCAAGUCUGUUUAUUACCGCUUCACCCAAAUACAUUUUGUGGUCAAGAUGCACACAGUGCUAUGAAUACAGUACUUUAAGGAUCUGCAUUAAACACAUCAGAAUAUUUCCUGCCACAUCUAUGUACAACCCCUGAAUAUGUAUUUUUCCUUAACACAAGAGAGCCUGUUCAAUUAAAAAAAAAAAAAACAACCACCUCACUGGGUCUGUCUUUGUUUUUAGGUUAAUUAAGUGGUGGGAGGGCUGGGUCUUUUUCCAGUUGCUACUCAGUUCAUUUGCAGGGAAAGACGGCACUCCUGUUCCCCCUAGAUGGGCCGCUGGCAUCACACCCUUGCUGUCUGGAUUAUUUCCAACACUAUUUUUAGAUGUUUUAAUGAAUUGCUUUCUCCUUCAAAGGAGUAUAAAACAAAGAAAUGAGAGGCUUGAAUUUCCACCCUCCCCAAAAAUGUUCUGCUAAAGGAUCUGCCCUGCCCACUUCUGCAACGUUCUCCAAGCGAUCUUGGUGUUGACUUAUUCUCACACCAUGAAAAUCAAGUUCCUUCAGAUGGGGCAGACUUCGCUAGCGUCUUGUGUUUUAACCAGAUCCCUCUUGGGUAUAAUUUUAAUCCCGAUUUGGGAGCCUUUUUGUUAAAAACCAGAAAACUGACUGAUAGCCAAGAAGAGAAGGAGAAUGCUUUCGUCAUGAAUCGUAGUGCUCUGUUUGCAAGGGAAAAUUUGUGAAUGUCAAAUCUUUCUUGCCAAAAAUCUUGCGUUAGGUGGUUGUAUUUCUCUGGCUAACCAAUCAUUUUGGGAAUAAAGAUUUUUCUUACUAUGAA